AUGGCUCAACCUGUCAAUCCCGAAAUUCUUGAAAAAUACUCUGACUCUUCCCAAAUAAUAAACAAAAAAUCUACUUACUCCCCCCCUCCGUGAGUGAACAAAACCAUUAGAAAAAUCCUCCCUAUUUUUUGCCCAAAACCUAUCCUCCACGAGUGAACAAAAAUUUUUUUAAUAGAAAAAUUUUUUAUGGAAAAAAAUUUUGAUAUAUAAGUGAUAAUUAGCAUAUUGAAAUCUAAAGCUAAUUCUGUUUAAUUUUAAAAAAAUUGCUUUUUAAAGCAUAAAUUUUAUAAAAUUAAAUUAAUAUUUGCUUUCCAAUUUUUGCGAAUUAGGAUUUUUUUUAAAUUUCGAAAAAAAAAAUUUCUGUAAAAUUUAUAUAUAAAUUUUGUUUAAAAAAAAAAAUUAACCCCCCUCCGUGAGUGAACAAAAUUGUUUUGUUCACUCACGGAGGGGGGAAUUAAUAUUUCAGAGCUGCUUUAGCACAAAAGUUGCAAUGAAUUUUAGAUGAAUAAUUGAUAAUUUCUUAUUAUUGGGUUUCUAUAAAAUCCAAAUUUUAUUCAUUUAAUUAUAAUAAUUUCGAUUUGCUCAUAUAAAAAUUUCUAUUUGCAACUUUUAAGCUAAAUCCUCAAUAAAAAGAAAAUUUUUAUUUAUGAGAGAGUGAGUGAUUAUUUGAUGAGCUAUCACCAGAACUGCAGUCUGCAUUUAAAUUAGCACUUGAUCAGCUUUAUGAGGAUUCUUCCCUGCUUGCUAUUAGAUUAGAUUAAACUCUUCGUCCUCGACAAGGCUGGAGAUUACCACAUAUGCAUGCUUAGCCCCAAGAAGCCCUAUCAAAAACCCUUCCUUACCGCCGCAGGCAAGGGAUCCGCACAACUGAUCUUAAUUUCCAUAGAUCCUGGAGCCUAUGGGCUCACCCACUUUGGCCGAAACUCCCAGUUUAUCGCUAACUCCCCCCCCCCUCCGUGAGCGAACAAAACCAUUAGAAAAAUCGCCAUUUUUUGACCAAAAACCCACCCUCCGUGAGUGAACAAAAAUUUUUUUAAUAGAAAAAAUUUUAAUGGAAAAAAAUUUUGAUAUAUAAGUGAUAAUUAGUAUAAUGAAAUCUAGAGCUAAUUCUGUUUAAUUUUAAACAAAUUGCGUUUUAAAACAUAAAUUUUGCAAAUUAAAUUAAUAUUUGCUUCCCAAUUUUUGCAAAUUAGGAUUGUUUUAAAUUUCGAAAAAAAUAUUUUUUAUAAAAAUUUAUAUAUAAAUUUUUUUUUAAAAAAAAAAAUUUAACCCCCCUCCGUGAGCGAACAAAAUUUUUUUGUUCGCUCACGGAGGGGGGGGGGGGUAAGGCAGAUGUCACAUCUUGAUCCCUUUUCGAGAGAUUCAUUGUUCAAUUGGGUCUUUUGCUUGCCCUGCCCUGUAAGAUUAUAGUCUAGGAGGCAAAAUUCAAAAAUCCCAGGAUCAACUCUCUAAAGCCUGAGAAUAGCCUAGCACGAUAUAAAAAGCAUUAUCAGCCUCUUCUGCCCUUCCACUCAUACAAAAUCCUUUCCUGCAGGUUUUGAAGAAAAAGGGUCAGAAGCUCAUGGUCUGUCCUUAUCAUUUUUUGUUUAUAUCUCAAGCUUGCUAUAAAUGAAUCAAAUAACCUUAAUGAGCACGCUAGCUUUGUCAAUCGCCAGCUGUCAGAGAUGCUGCAAUCCUUGAAUUGCCAACUUGAAUGCACGCAGGGCCAAGCCUACUCAGACUUUUCAGAUCCUUCUAUCCUAGCUCCUGCAAUUGAGGCACUCAAAAAGUUGCAUGAAUCUACAAAUAUGCUGAAGGCUAAGGCAAAGGUAGCUUUUCCAAAAGAAAAAAUAGACGAGAAUUCUAAAGUCAGCAUCCUUAGAUUCUACUGUAAAAAGGACGAUGAAGACAAUCUCAAUUGGGUCCUUUGUGUAGAAAAUGCAACUCAAGAUUAUUUCCGAAAAGUCGAAUUUUUCAUAUCAGAAUCGAACGAAAAAAUAGCUGAAAUCAGACUGCUCGAGCCAGAAAUUAACAUAAAAAGGCAUCUAGGUAAACUUAACCCCAGUUUUGAUUACUAUGGAAAUCACAUCAUUGCAAAAGUUGAUGGAAGGCCAGUCUCCGAGCUGUUUCCAAUAAUGAAGGUUGAAUUCAAGGGUGCAGAAUUGGGAGACAACGACAAUUUGUGCUGCACAAUUGCUAAUUCUUCGAAUGAGAACUUAGAUAAUCUCUAUGUAUUUUGUAAUGAAACUUCUCAGUCAUAUCCUGUUGGGAAAACCCUGCAGCCUGGAGAAACCCACGAGUUGGAGAUAUCUAUUGAGAACCUGAGCAGCAUUAGCAUAAGAGUGAUGAAGGAUCAUGAUGUGGUGAGCAUUGCAUAUUCAUUAUUGAAUUUAGAUGAAGAUGAGGAAGAUGAGGGGUCAGAAGAGGAAAAAAAUGAAGAGAACAGCAAAGGAUUAUCAAUGUCAUGUCCCUUUCCAGGGUUCAGAGCUCCAGUAAUUGACCCAGCAAUCCAAAAAGUUAAUGAAGCUUUAGUAACACUGGGAGAAGCUAAAAUACAGUUAGCUGAAAUGAUAAAGAGGGAAUACCCAGAAGUGGCUGCUAAAAUGCAACUUUAUAAAGCAGUGAGCAGAUAUAAUACUUAUGAUGACUGCAUUGGGUACCUAAUGGACGCGGGAGUAAUAAACUAA